AUGCCUGAAGGAUUUGACUUGCCGGUAUCCACGAAAUUUGUGCUUUUCAAAGACAAGCCCGAGACUCUCGCCAUCGAAGGACUCUGGGGCAGCACAGUCAUUCUUGUGGUAUCCAAUCGAGGUGCCUGGGCCGCUUACUUUUGGGAAAGAACGAUGUACGAUGAACAAGAAAUGACACGAGCUCUAGACGAGUGGCGACAUGGUACUGGAGAAGACGAAGAAAUGUUUCAGUACAACGAACGUGGCCUCGACCAGCUGACCGAUUAUGAGCGGGAUGGAGACGUGGGUGUUAUGUUUGGCAACCCGGCAGACGAAGAUGUUGACCAUUUGAACAUCAAGGCCUUCAUCUUCGCGCCUCGACGCAAGCCGGUAUAUCGAAACCCCGACGGCUCGUCAACAGGUGAUCUCAGCAAUGAACACUUCGCAGCGGGCGCUGUAGAUCCCGACUUUGAGGAUAGCGUGGAACUCAUUAUCAGACCUUCAAAGAAAGUUUAA